AUGUGGCAUCCUGCCCUCCUCAAAACACUUCUUAAGCUCGAAUUUCCACCACCACUACUAAGAUGGAUUUUUUCAUGGUUAAACGGUAGAACAAUGUCCAUUCAUGUCGGAAAUGCAGUUUCACGUGUUAUUAACUUAUUCGUUGGCACUCCUCAAGGUUCUGUUUUGGCAGCUACUCUUUUUCGCUUACACGUUCAUUUCCUUCCCUCACACUUCAUGAAUUUAGUAUGCCAUCUAUUUGCGGAUGACCUUGCUAUCAUUAUCUCUGGUGCACUUGAGAAUACAUUUUCCAGAAAUAUUGCUGAACUUGAAAGACAAGCUGAGAUUGCAAUGAGAAUUCUAGCAAAAUAUGCCGAGGAUAACAUACUUCCUGUCAAUAUAAACAAAACAAAAGCACUGCUAGUACACGAUGUUGUAGCACCACCAUAUCCUAAAAUAAAAUAUAAAGAUUUACCAAUCGAAUUUGUAAAACGUUUCAAAUAUCUAGGAGUCGAUAUAACAACAAAACUAGGAUGGGGUAUCUAUAUAAUAAAACGUCUUCAAAUAAUUAGAAAAAUAUAUCAUGCCCUACGCAUUAUAUUUAAUAAAAUACCUAUAUCUCUAAUACAUAUACGAAGAAAAUUAUUUUUUGCCUAUGCGCUUCCGCAUAUAAUUUGGUUAUUCUCGUGCUGGUUUUUUUAUACCGAAAACCAACAAACAUUAAUUGAGCAUGUUUACUGUACAGGGCUCCGUAUAACACACAAUUUGAAGCGUUGGGAAGACCUAACUGUCUACACGUUAACUAAAGAAUACACAAUAAAUGACUAUUUAUAUAAAUAUUGGUUAAAGUUUAACAAACACCUUGAGACAUCAGCUGAAGCUCACCAAUAUCAACUUACUUUUACUGCAUAUCUAGCAUCGAAAACCCCACAAAAAUGCUGGUAUCUAUCCAUGGGUAUGCGAAAAAAUAGCAAAUUUUUGAUUAGAUUAUCUGAAAGAGCUCAACAUUCGAAAAUAGAUAUGAUAAACUUUUUAACGAUUCACGCUCAACAAUAUGGGUACUUCAAACAUUCAUCUUUCCCUAUACAUACCUUCAUCUAUAAAUAUCUGAUGCAGGAAACAACAAUUGUUACAUUGUAAAUCGAAAAUUAAAUAUAUAAAUAUAAACCGUAAUACUACACAUGUCAUUUUUUUCCCACCUGAACACACAUAUAUAUAUACAUAUGUAUAUCAUCUAGAGUGAUACCAUAGUAUUGUUAUUUCGAACCUCACUGUAUGUAUAACGUAUAAAAGAUGUCGCCAUUGUUUAUUGUUACUAUGUUUUUAAGUUUUUCACCUUUACUUCACUCUUACUUUUCUGUUAAUGUUAUUAUUUUAUCAUCAUAUGUUUUUCUUUUCUCUGUUCGCGUUAUUGUUAUUGUUGCUAUGAAUUUCUUAAAGUUUAUUUAUUUAUUUAUUUUUUUUUUUUAAACAUCACAUUGUCAACCUUAUUAUUACAGGGACAAUAAAUCUAUAUGUCAAAAAAAAAAAAUAUGUUUUCGCAACUUCGGUGAUAGAUUGAGCGAAUACUUGAUACUUUCUGGUGAUGCUAUUGUCAUUGUGUUCCAAUUGCUGAAAUUUGCUUGUAAUAUCAUUUUGGACUUAUCUUAAUAUUGAUUUGUCUUGUAGCUUUGAACUGUCUGGUUGUAGCUGUUUGUUGGGUUUGUUUUUCCUUCUAGCUUUGAAGUGUAAUUUAAUUUUGCUCCUCAUCAGAUGAUGAUCAGUACCGAUUCCGUCAGCAGGUCUUCGAUAGCACGUUGGAUCUUUGAUUCUGGAUCGGAAUUUCUUAUUCACAACAGUAUAAUCCAACCUAUGCGACUGUUUGUUUCCCGGAUGCAUCCAUGAGGUUUGGUGGACGAAUUUGUGUUGAAAGAAGGUGUUUGUAAUGGCCAAAUUGUUUGUCAGACAGAGAUCAACAAGUCUAAUUCCAUUUUCAUUUUCGAAACCAACAGUAAAAGAACCAACGCUUUUAGGAGCAGUUUGAUGUUGAACUAGCCAGAUUCUAGCAUUGAAAUCACCUAAUAGUACUAUCAUAUCGUUGUGUGGUACCUUGCCAAUGGCUUCUUCCAAAUCAGCAUAAAAUUCAUCACACUUUUAUGCCAUUAUUUUAGUUGAUGGA